CGCAGACGAACUUGUUCAGAGUGAGCCGGGGACGCUGGGAGGCGAAAUAAACAAUCUCCGGACGUGAAGUAGCCGCGGCCGCGCAGUUUUACCUCUUCAAACACACUAUUCCACCGCCCAUCCAACAGAUACAAGGUUACAGGUGUGUGCUGGUAGUGAACGUGUGGUGCCGCAGGCCAGUCUUGGCAGCAUGGUGAAGGCCCAGAAGUCAGCUGGGAGGAAGAGCUCUCACUGUCACCGCAGACAGAGUGGUGGUCAGGUGGAGAUGGAGGAAGGCCAGCUCCAGUCAGACACCCAACACCCACCACAGGAGGCGGCACCCAGAGAAGGAGACCAGUCUUCUGCACAAUCCCCAGUCCAGACCUCCGCUUCAGCUGAGGUGCCGACGGAGAACUUGGACCAGAAUGAUCCAAUAGAUGCCCAGGAAAACUCUGCUGCCCAGGCCAAGCCUCUGUGGAAGCCCAUUCCCCCUCUGCUGCCUGAAACCCACUCUGCAACCAGGGACCAGAGCUGCCAGACUGAGGAGCGGUUUCAGCAGAGCGGCACCGGCAGCCAUGUUCACAACACAGGUGUCUGCGUGGAGCCUGGAGAUCCUCCUCUACUCCAGCAGCCUCUGCAGACCUCCAAGUCUGGGAUUCAGCAGAUCAUCGAAUGCUUCCGUUCAGGCACCAGCCAGCUGAAGCACAUGCUGCUGAAGGAGGUGGACACGAUCUUCGAGUGUAAACUGUGUCGCAGUCUGUUCAGAGGCUUGCCCAACCUCAUCACGCACAAAGAGUACUACUGCCUGUCAAGGCUGCCUGAACCCGACGGUUCGUCGGGUGACGACAGACAGAGCGUAGCCAUGAAGGAUUUACUGGACGCCAUAUACCCCAGAGUCGACCGGCCAGACUACGUCGUCCGACUGGAGCCCAUUCAGACCACCACGAAGGCCGUGUUCCAAUACGUCACCACAGAGGAGGAGCUGGCGAGAUAUCCAUCACACACACCCAGUGCCAGAGAGAGUCCAGUAGCAUGGGAAGGAGAGGCAGUGGAGGGUGUGGACAACAACCAGCCGAGCCAGCCAGGAGGGCCAGAGAGCCACAGCAGCCCGGGGCAUAAUCAGGGACAGAGGAGAUGGGAGGCUGAGGAGGAGGCCAAGGAUGAGCAGCCACAGCAUGAAGACGAAGGCUCCACUAGUGGGGUUGAGGAUGUGACAAUCUCCUGUUGUCUGUGUGGUCAGGACUUUAACUCACGCCGCAGCAUCAGGCGCCACUGCCGCAAAAUGCACCAGACCAAACUGGAAGAGCUCCGAAAGUUCACAGAGACGCGUACAGUUCCCACAAGCCUGCUCUCUAUGGUGAAAGGUCGACCAAGGACUCUCAGCACACCUACCGGAAAAUCCUGCCCAGUGUGCCUCAAAACCUUUGCCACUAAAGCCAACGUACGCCGUCAUUUCGACGAGGUGCAUCGUGGUCUCCGGAGGGACACCAUCACCCCCAGCAUCGCCUCGCGGCCCGGCCAGCCCUUCUCUCUGGAGGUCACGCCCCCCAGGAAGAGCAACAAUACCUCUCCAACACGUGGCCACACCUCCAAGUCCACCCCAGUGAACUCUAAAACGACGCCUUCAAGCCAAAACCAGCCCAAACCUCAGAGCCCGCUCCCGGCCUCUCCGCAGGCGACCCCGGCCUCAUGCCGCUGUACGCUCUGCAAGAGGAACUACAGCUCUCAGCUCAUGUUGAAGAGACACAUGCGUAUUGUCCACAAAGUUUACAGCAUCAAAAGCAACAGAUCCGCUGCCACGCCCACCGCCUCCACAGCAGCUACAACUGCUCCCAACAGUAGUAGCACGAACUUAGGCCCAAGCAACAAUGUCCGAGUGAAAGAAGAAGUGGUCGAACCUUCAGAUGAAGACGACGAUGACGACGAGGACAUGGACAGUAGCCCGGCCCCGUCUCCCACUGACAGCACUAGCACAGCGAAAGGUGCUUCUGUGGCGCAGAACGCCCUGAAGGUGAAGGAGGAGGAGGCCCCGUCGAGCCCGAAGAUGACGUCACCGCUUUCGUCGUCCUCCUCGCGUGGGGGCAACAUGUGCAGCGCAGGCGUGACCGCCAAAAUGACCAAACUGUCCGUGGGCUUUGACUUCAAGCAGCUCUUCUGCAAACUGUGCAAGCGACAGUUCAGCUCUCGCCAGAACUUAACAAAGCACAUCGAGCUGCACACGGACGGCAACGACAUCUUCAUCAAGUUCUACCGCUGCCCCCUCUGCCGCUACGAGUCGCGCCGCAAGCGUGACGUCCUGCGCCACGUGACCGUGGUCCACAAGAAGUCGUCGGCAUACCUCGCCAAGAUCAUGCCCAAACUGGAGAGCAGGGCGGUGAAGAGGCUCGCCGAGGUCGUCCUCAACAGCACCACCACCAACAAGAGGACAAGCAGCAACGUCAAAGAGGAAGUGAACGGGCGGCACACUUCCUCGCCCUCCUCUUCCCCUUCACCCCCUGUCACUCGCAAACAAGAGUGUUCCACAGCUCCCCAGUCCACCACCACCAACUCAUCCUCCUCCUCCUCCUCCUCCUCCUCCUCCUCCUCCACCUCGUCUUCCUCCGCCCCGCCUCCUGCCCCCGUCACUCGGAAGCAGCAGGACCUCUCAUCGCCGCCGUUUGCGCCUUCCCCUCCCGUCACCCGCAAGCAGGAGAGACAGCAGACCCACCAGCAUCGGCCAAUCAGCCCCCCACUGACCCGCCGCAGUGAAAAACACACACACCAACGCAACUCCUCCUCCACCACCCCACCCAGCAACCAGACCCCACACACGCGACGGCACGACGCCCAAUCAGAGGGCGGCAGCACGGGGUCGUCCUCCACUGAAGUCAGAGUGACCAAGAAUUUCUCGCUCCACGCCUGCGACCAGUGCGGACGGGCCUUUGCCAAGAAGCUGUACCUGGAGUCUCAUAAGCGAAGUCAUCGCAACGCAGCGACGGCGGCGGCCAACAGGAGGAAAGGAGUCAGCACCCGCUCCAAAUCCCUGGCCUGGUGAAACGCACACGCUUCCUCUUUGUCUGACUGUUGCUCUUUUUUUCCUGUGUCUUGCUUAUUUCUUCCCUCCCUUCUCUCUCUUGAUUACUCUCUUUGUCUUCCCUUCUUCCUCCUCUUUCCUCACCUCCCUCCUUCUCCUCCCGCUCUCCCUCUGCUCACAGUCCGCCGGGGAUAAUGGACGCACGAGCCGCUAUCAAUGAAGCGAAUCAAAAACUUGAAAUCAAGAAAAAUGAUGGACGAACGGAACGGAGCACAGAGCGGAGAUGAAGGAAACAAACAAAAGGAACAACAGUGGAGCGCGAUAGAGGAGUGAAGUACAAAGGAUUUCCACUUUUUGCUUCAGAACCAAAUAUAUUGUUGAAAUUUGACGUUUUUUGGUUUGUGUAGUUUCAUUAUGAAGCCAGCCAGCUUGCUGGACGGUGGCGCUGCUAUCGACGGUGAGACGGCAGUGAACAGAGGAUUCACCACUCCUGUAUAUAUCUGUGUUUACCUACUACAGUAUGUAAAUAUGGACCCAUAUGCAGAUGACUAAACCGCCUUUAAGAACAGGAUGAAGGUUGACCAUGGAAGUGUGUGCGUGUGUGUGUGUGUGUGCGCGUGUGUGUGUGGAAGAGGGAGGGAAUCAAAACUGGAUUGUGGCCUCCACAGAAAAAAGACUGGAAACAAACUUGAUUUUUAUUUUAGUUUUAAUUUUUUUUUUAGGGGGGGACCUGGUUUAACCCUCACAGUCCCCCACAGAUGCACAAAGCCUGUCUGGGUCCUUGGCUGUUAGCAUUUCAAAUCAGUGAAUCCACCACUUUUCUGCGUCUUCACACCAUACAUAUAACGAGGGUGUUUGAUUUAUUCAGGAGCACUAGUUCAACAUUAUGACAGAUCAACAGGAAAUACACCCCCCCCCCUAAUUUCCCUGACAUUUACCGAACACAGACGUUGUCGCCAAAGUGUCUCCACUGUAAGUCUUCUGCUUGCCUUAGAGUUUGAAAAAUUACAUUCGACUUCUCUUGUCUGAUUUAGUCUGCUGUCGUGUCUGCUUUGCAGCUGGAGACGCCGGUCAGAGGGUGAAAUGGUCAUUAAUGGUCAAAGUAAGGAAAACUCAAAGUAUGUUUAUAGCAGUUUUCCUCGAAAAUUGUGUGUGCGCUCAGUUUUAAAGUCCUCUUCUUGUCAGUUUCCGGUGUUCAAAUGUGUGCUCUUACAUCUCACUGUUAUUUUUUUAUUUUAUUUUUUUGUUGGACUGCAUGUGAGAAACAUACGUGAACGUUGUUUCCUUCACUUUGACCGUACCCUGUUUUGCCUCCAGAUAUUAGCCGACUCAUCAGUCCCAGUAUUGCCUGAUGGCUCUCUCAGAGACAGGCUAUAUGAGGCAAGGCGUCAUUAAGACGUCACUGUGCGAGCUGAGGGAGUUUGUUCUGAAACGAGGCGAAAAGUGUCGAAAAUCCCGUAACUGCCAACGCAAGGUGAUCACACGUAUACAGAUGCUUAAUAGACAUUAAAUCACAUUAAUUUUCUCCAAUAUAUGGAUUAUUUUUGGAUAUAACAGCAGGAACUGUUAACUGCAAGAUGUCCUGCCACAGGUGAAACCAUCAAAUUGACAGCAUUAUUCAUCCCCCCCGCAUGGUGACGCGCUUGUGUUAAUGUGUGCGAAUCCAAUUAACAGUUAGCAUGAAAAAUAUGCACAAGUAAUGCGUGUUUGAAUGCAUAGUUUGAAGACGGGCUGCCUUUGCUUUCACAGCAACAACCGUACUGAUUAAGAUUAGAAACCCUUAACUGGAAGGCUUCAUUUUCUACGUUCAGUGAAGGAUCAUAGGCUGCUGUCAUCUUGCUUGCAAAAAGCUGACCCAAGGCGAUAUGUCAGAUAUCAGAAAGCAGCCGUCACACAGUGUUACUGAACUGCAUAUCCAGAUCAUUGCUUUAAAUCUUGCGGCCACUUCAGGCGUCAGUCCAUAGACCCAGACUGGCAGCAGCGCAGCAUCAGAGCGAAGCGGCAGUUUGCCGGACAUGUCAGCUAUUGUGCCUAAACAGCAGGUGGAAGAGGUUUGAACCGACACCAGCUGUUUGUGGCGCAAAUAAGCAUGAAAACAUGACCCGGUCGGCUAAACUGUGCACUUCUCCACCUUUGAAAGUUUACAUUAAACUUUUUGUUCCAUUCACUGAAAAAGAAAGAAAGAAAAGCCGGGGCUCGUUCAAAUAAACUCUGUGAACAUUUCUUUUUCCAUAUAAUCUUAAUUUUUCAGUUCUGUUCAAAACGUGCUUUCAUGUACUCAAACAUGGGGGGGGGGGGGGGGCUGCCCAGAGGUAGUCUUUGAAACACUGGCACAUGAGUUGGGAGGAAGACCAAAUGUAGGUAUGUCUUAAUGUUCAAACAGAAAGCCAUGAAAUGGAACAAAACCAGAAAAAAAGGAAAGACCAAACUUUAUUUUUCUAACUGAAAACACUACUGUAACAAGGUCUUGAAAACAUGUAUAUAUGGACCCGUCCUGCACGGAUGGUAUAAAUAAUAGUUAUAAUAGUAACAAUAGUUAUUGACUUGUACUUAACUGUUGGUUGACCAUAUGCUUCAAACAUGUCUGACUAGGUACUACUCUGUCACUGUUUAAUACUGAAGCCAGUUUGCGUUGUUCCACGAUUAGUUGUCUUUUUUGCAUCUCAUUCCUUUUGAAGGAGGUUUUCUUUCUUUUUCUUUUUUUUAUUGUGACAAGAAGAAAACAGUAACCAAACCUCACGGGACUCUUAGGACUUCUUUUUGUUUAAAUCUUGUCAUUUCCUUCAUCAUCAGUUGUAAUAUGUUACUAAGCUCACAUCCUAGAGAACCUGAGAAGAGUUAGAGAAGCAUUUCAGAUGUGACAAGGAUGUUAAA